AUGGCUGCGCCGGUUGAGCCCGCGAUGAGGAAGAAGGUGUUGAGAGUGGUAUUCAUAUCUCUGCUGCUAGAUCUGAUAUCAUUUACCUUCAUCCUCCCGCUCUUUCCCUCCCUUCUCGAAUUCUACCGCUCGAAAGAAGCACCCCUCGAAGCCUCCUCCUCGACCACAUCCCCCUCCAUCCUCAACUAUAUCCUCACCUACCUCAAUGCCUAUAAAGCAUCCUUCUCGAGACCCAUCGAUUCCAGAUAUGACAUCGUACUACUCGGUGGAGCAUUGGGUAGUUUAUUCUCUCUCCUCCAAGCCCUGGCCUCCCCCGUAAUAGGCACACUCUCCGAUCGCUAUGGCCGUCGAACAGCCCUCCUCUUCAGCAUGGCGGGCAACAUUCUCAGCGUCCUCCUCUGGGUCUGCGCCACGGAUUUCCGAACCUUCCUGCUCUCCCGCGUCGUAGGUGGCCUCUCGGAAGGCAAUGUGCAACUCGCCAUCGCCAUCGCGACGGAUAUCUCAGAUGAGAAGCAGAGAGGGGCUACGAUGGCAUUGGUGGGUAUCUGCUUUAGCAUAAGCUUCACGUUUGGGCCGGCAUUGGGGGCGUGGUUGAGCACCAUCAGCUCGGUCAAAGCGAACCCUUUUGCAACCGCGGCGGGAUUCUCAUUGUUCUUGAUUGUAACAGAGACAUUGUAUCUUUAUUUCUGUCUCCCGGAGACAUUACCUAGCAAAGUCGCUACAGCAAAGCUCAACGGCCAUACCACGAACAGUACCGUCAAGCCCACUCUCCAAGCCGGCUCUAAACCCGCAGCUUCCAAAUCACUCAGCACAAGCAAGCCAUUCCUCCGAACAAACUCGCACUUCCUCCUCAACCUCACCCACCUAACCUUCAUCCUCUUCUUCUCCGGCAUGGAGUUCUCGCUCCCCUUCAUGACCUUUGACCUCUUCGGCUACACCGCCGCGCGCAACGGCCGCUUACUAGGCUACAUGGGCCUUGUAGCAUCUCUCCUCCAAGGCGGCUUCACCAGACGCCUCCCCCCACUGGUAUCAGUACGCAUAGGCGUGGUCUCCUGUCUGCUCGCGCUCCUCCUCCUCGCGCGCAUCACCACCGUGGGCGGUCUCUACGCCGCGACGACCCUCCUAGCCAUCACGAGCGCUACCGUCGUCACGGGCUUAAACGCCCUAAGUAGCUUCGAGGCCGGCGAGGAUGAGCGCGGUGGAAAGCUGGGGAAUCUAAGGAGCUGGGGACAGCUUGGACGAGGCGUGGGGCCGUUAUUGUUCACGAGUGUGUAUUGGUGGGCUGGCAGGGAGGUCGCUUAUACUAUUGGGGGAAUGGGUGUUUUGGCCGUGAGCAUGAUUGUAUUUUUUGGGUUGGAGACACCGAGGAAGCAGAUUGCUGAUAAGAGUUCUGAAAAGGUGAGGGGAUUGUAA